AAAUUAAAAUAAAUAAAUAAGUAAAGGUAGAACUCUGUGAACUAAAAUCUCCAGAAAAAAAACACACACACCUCCGAACAAAAGAAGCCAUGCGAAGACGAUCAGUAGCAGUUGGACUUCUGAUCUCCUCGAUCAUCUGUUUCUCUCUCCUCUCGGUCUUCGCCGACGAACAACAAUUCACCAUUGAUGGAAAAGUUAUUGAUCUGGACGAUUCAAAUUUCGAUUCUGUGAUUUCAUCCUUCGAUCAUGUCUUUGUCGAUUUCUACGCCCCUUGGUGUGGUCAUUGCAAGCGUCUUUCUCCUGAGUUGGAUGCAGCUGCUGCUGCCCUUGCUGAACUGGAGAAGCCCAUAAUGAUAGCAAAAGUUGAUGCUGAUAAGUACAGACGUCUUGGUGAUAAAUAUGAGAUUGAUGGCUUUCCAACUCUGAAGCUCUUCGUGCAUGGGGUUCCUGUCAAUUAUAACGGACCUCGAAAAGCUGAUUUGCUUGUCCGUUAUUUGAAGAAAUUUGUUGCUCCUGACGUAUCCAUUCUUGAAUCAGACACUGCUAUUAGUAACUUUGUUGAAGCAGCUGGCCCCCAUUUCCCUGUCUACAUAGGCUUUGGAAUGGACGAGUCAGUCAUAUCCAAGUUAGCUAUGAAAUACAAGAAAAAAGCAUGGUUUUCUGUGGCAAAGGAUUUUUCAGAUAGUGUUAUGGAAUCAUAUGAUUUUGACAAAGUACCUGCUCUGGUGGCCCUUCAUCCAAGUUACGACGAACGAAACAUAUUCUAUGGGCCUUUUGAUGAUCAAUUCUUGGAGGAGUUCAUCAAGCAAAAUGUACUGCCCUUGUGUUUGCCUAUAAACUCUGAUUCACUGAAGUUGUUAAGAGAUGAAGACAGGAAAAUUGUUCUUACAUUUGUGGAAGACGAGAAUGAGGAUAAAACAAAAAAGCUUGUCAAGUUAUUGAAGGCUGCUGCUUCUGCUAAUCGUGAUUAUCUAUUUGCUUAUGCUGGUCUCCAGCAGUUUCAGGACUUUGUUGAGACAUUUGAGAUUAGUAAAACAACAAAACUGCCAAAAAUGGUUGUUUGGGACGGAAACGAGGAAUAUUUCAACGUAAUUGAUUCAGAGAGUAUUGGUGAAGAAGAUCAAGGAUCCGAUAUAACACGCUUCCUUGAAGGAUAUAAAGAAGGAAGGACAGAAUCAAAAAAGAUUAGUGGCCCGUCAUUCAUGCAGUUCCUGAAUUCCAUGAUUGGGCUGAAAUUGGUUUUCGUUGUUGUAUUCGUGGUAGCUGUCAUGUUGAUGAUACAAACCCUUGGUAAAGAGGAUGAAGAUAAUGCUAGUUCACGGCCUUUGAGACCUGAUAGCGGUGAAGUACAAAGACCAGCUGACAAGGAAGAUUAGGAGGAAAUGUAUUUAUAAGGCUAUGUCCUCCAUCAUGGUGCAACCUAACUUGGAGCAGGAUUGCUUAGUUAGAGAUGAGACGAGUUGCUAACAGCUUUACCUGUGGACUGUGGUUCUUUGAUCAUCACGUUUGGCGUCAAAUUAUGAGGUCACCCCCUCCUUUUGUAAUUUUCCAAUGACAAUGGCUCUCAUUGCAGCUAACUUAUUAAGAUUUGUAAACGGAUGAUACAGGUUUUUUUGUCUUCUGGGUUUUAAUCCCUUGUUGACUUUUUACCAGUAAUUGUUAUGCUUUGUUUCCUUUGAGUACAAUAUGAAAUGCAAAUUAAGAAAAAUGGAACAGGA